AUGUCGACGACCACGCCGUCCGCCUCCUCGGAGGAGCAAUCAGCCAGCUCUCCUAGUCAACAUGACUUGUCCGUGCCGUCUCAGAGCAUAUUGAGUGGCGGAGACGAAAGCCCUGCUGCUCAGAGUGUGGACAUGGAGAAGCAUCCCAAGGGCAAAAGGAAGAGGACCGCUGCCAAAGACAAAAUGAUCUUGGAGGAGGCGUACAGAAGCAACCCCAAGCCUGAUAAGCAGGCGCGUCAAGAGAUUGUAGACCGCGUCUCGCUAAACGAGAAGGAAGUCCAGAUUUGGUUCCAGAAUCGCCGCCAGAACGACCGAAGGAGAUCGCGUCCCCUCUCGCCCGAGGAGCUCGCGGCCCUCCGCUUCGGUGGCAUGCACCACGUCGCCUCGUCAGACCCCGUCACGUCUCGCAUCGACUCGGACAGAUGCUUUCCGUCUUCGGAUCCAGAAUCCUCACGGCCCGCUGCUGACCACCAGGGAUCCCCGUCACCGCCAUUCGCAACGGCACGGACCAGACCUGAGCUGAAGAGGUCACAUUCCGAUGCCGCCAUAGUGACGCCUCGCAGUGGAGGUAUGGGGAGGCACACUGAUGUGCUACCGCCGCAGAGCCAGGAGGUGCCGUUGUCACAGAGGAGCCAGGAUGCGGAGUCCAGAGGACACUUCUUCUCGAGUUCCGUUGGGUAUCUGGCCAACCGUUGGAACCUGGGGGCCUCAUUUUCAUCACCGUCGACCUUGGGCCGUGGGCGAGACGAUUCUUCCCGAUUGGAAUCUUUGUCUUCUCCUGCUUCAUCCAAUAAGACGCGCAGCCAGAGCAAGUCUCGGUCCAGUGUGCGGCUGUCCUUGUCUCUCGAAGGGAAGGCAGAACUCAUCUCUCAUCAUGCAUCCCCCACGCGUCCUGCAACCCCAAUGACACCCUCAAUCGAUCCAUGUGGUCCCCAACCACGGCAAAGAACAGGCUUGUCCCGAAGUCAUUCUGCUCUACCAAGCAUCACGCUGCCGCCAAUCUCUGCCCUGACCAACUCCCUGCCGCCCCGUCUUGCACGAGGUCGUUCUCGCGACGUCCAGGCUUGGGAGUCGUGCGCUGAUUCUGAGAGGCGAGACGAAUUGACUGCUCAAGCAGAGAAUGAGUCCAACGGCUCAGCAAUUGCCGCCAUCAGCUUGCUUCGGUCGGCCAGCGGGAUCCUACAAUCCAGCUCAACAAAACGCAACGCACCGUUGUCCAGACCCCAACAACAGCGUCAGUCAAAAAAGGCCAGGCUCAGCAGAACAACCUCAACCUCGGCGCGUCUCGAAUGCGUUGAUGCAGACUCGGGAACGAAAGCUGCCCGUGGUAAAGUCAACGUGUCCAUGCUCGUAUCUCCCACCGACUCGGACAAAGAGAACUGGUCCCCCGACGAAGACGGCAACACAGAUCCUCACCACCGUCGCCGCCCUCUCCCCGCCGCACCAGCAAUCAAGAUGCAGAACCCUCGCCGUCUAGGCCGCCUACUACAAGACCACAAGGGGCCUGCGAUGCUCUCCAAUCGCUCCCAGACCUCCCCUUUUUCAUUGGCUUCGAAAUCCAACAUUGACGUAUUCGACGACGCCAAACAUAAGUCUAGACAGAACGAUGUCGAGAAAUUCAUGCGCGGGGAUGUCAGUCCCAGCAAGAAACCAGACCUGGACUGCAUUGCCGGCCUCUUGUCCCUGAGCCAAGGGGCGUGGAGAUAG